AUGAGUAAAGAAGAGUUCUUGAAGAUCCAGACUUGUGUUCUCAAAGUGAAUAUCCACUGUGAUGGAUGUAAACAGAAAGUCAAGAAAAUACUUCAGAAAAUUGAUGGCGUUUUCACUACCAGCAUAGAUUCAGAGCAAGGGAAGGUAACAGUUUCAGGUAAUGUAGACCCAGCUGUACUCAUGAAGAAACUUGCAAAAUCAGGGAAACAUGCUGAGCUUUGGGGUGCGGGGAAGGGCAACAACAAUAACCAGAACCACUUAGCCAACCAGUUCAAGAACAUGCAAAUUGAUAAUGGCAAAGGAGGCAACAACAACAAAGGUCAAAAGGGCAAUAACCAAAACAAUAAUAACCAGGUCAAAGGUGGUCAACCAAGCCCUCAGCAAAUCCAACAGCUUCAGCAGCUACAACAGCUUCAACAGAUGAAAGCAUUCCAAGAUCUGAAGCUGCCUCAAUUGAAGGACAUGAAAAUGCCGCCUAACCAGCAGCAGCAGCAGCAACAGAAUCAGAAGAAUGUAAAAUUUGCAAUCCCCGAAGAUGAUGACAUGACCGAUGAUGAAUUUGAUGAUGAAGAUUUUGACGAUUUUGAGGAUGAUGAGUUCGAUGAUGAGAUGGAUGACCCUCAACAUCCGCUUAAUAGGAUGAGACAAAUCAUGGGUAAUGGCCCUCAAGGUCCUAAUAACAUGACGAUGAAUGCUAUACCUCCCCAUCUCCUGAACUCGCAAAAGGGUGCUCCAAAUGGCGGUGCUAAUGGUAAAAAGGCUGGUGGUGGGGGUGGUAAUGGAGCCGUACCUGUUCAGAUGCAUAUGAGUGGAGGUGGUGGUGAUGGUAAAAAUGGAAAUGGGGGGAAAAAAGGUGGAGGUGGCGGUGGCGGUGGAGGAGGUAAUAAUAAUGGAGGAAGUCAAAAUCAAGGUGGCAAAAAUGGUGGUGGUGGGAAGCCACAAGAUGGCAAAAAUUGUAACAACGGUGGUGGUGGUGGUAACAACAAAAACAUCAACAGUGGUAAUGGUAAUAACAUGCAAAAUAAUGGGGGUAAAAAGGGAAAUAAUGGGGCUGGGGGUGCUAUGAAUGAUGGGUUUCAGAAAAUGGGUGGACCCCAUGGAAACAUGGGCCAAAUGCCGAACAUACCCAUGGGCCAAAUGGGCAGCAUGCCUAUGGGCCCAAUGAGUAACCUGCCUGCUGUUCAAGGUCUGCCAGCUGCGGCUGCCAUUGGUGGUGGUGGUGGUGCUGCUGCUGGUGCUGGCGGUGGUGCUAAUGGGUACUUUCAAGGAGCUGGACCGGAUCUCAUGCCUGGUAACCCAUACCAGCAGCAGCAGCAGCAGCAGCAACAACAGUACUUAGCAGCAGUGAUGAAUCAACAAAGAGCAAUGGGUAAUGAGAGGUUCCAGCCCAUGAUGUAUGCUAGGCCCCCACCAGCAGUAAAUUAUAUGCCUCCACACCCAUAUCCAUACCCGUACCCGUACCCGCACCCGCACCUGAAUGGAAAUGAUCAAUAUACCAACUUUUUCAGUGAUGAAAACACCUCAAGUUGUAAUGUGAUGUGA